CAAGCUCAGCUUCUGCCAUCUGUGACGACUUAGUGAGUAUUAUUUGAAUUAUGGGCGACAAUAACCAGAACAACGGCGACGGACAUCGGGGCCGAGGGGGUCCCCGGGGAGGCCACGGUGGUGGAGGCCACGGUCGUGGAGGCCGUGGUGGACCACCUAGAAGCGGCCCUAUGGGGCGAGGUGGCGGUGGAGGAGGUGGCGGCCGGGGCGGGCCACGAGGAAGCGGAGGCGGUUCCCGGGGUGGGGGCCGUGGUGGUUUCCAAGGGAUGAACAACCGAGACCGAGUCUUGGACAGACUCGAACAGAUUCAAGGCCCUACCUUAGAAUUACCGGCGCUUGAAAUGACUGAAAAAAGAUUCGGGGGUAGGGCUCGGCUAUACAUAGGCAAUCUCACUCCGGAUACAACCGAAGAGCAACUGAAAGAGCUGUUGUCACAACACGGCGAAGUAGGCGAAAUUUUCUACAACAAUGAAAAACACUUUGCUUUUGCUAAAUUGGCUACUCGAAGCGAAGCUGAAACUGCCAAGCGUGAGUUAGAUGGAAAAAUGAAGAACAACCGUGCUCUGAAAGUUCGUUUCGCACCUCCUCCUGGAGCCGUCAAGGUGAUCAAUCUUGGUCCUUGGGUUUCCAAUGAGCUCCUUCACCGAGCUUUUUCCAUUUUUGGAGACAUUGAGCGCUGCGUGGUCAUGGUUGACGAACGUGGCAGGGCAAAAGGUGAAGGUGUCGUUGAGUUUGAACGCAAAAGCUCUGGCCUCGAAGCCGUCAAGCGUUGUACCGAAAGCUGCUAUUUCUUGACCUCGUCCCUGAGGCCAGUUAUUGCAGAGAUGUUGGAGGAGGUCGAGGAUGAAGAUGGCCUCCAAGAAAAGAUGUUACCCAAGCGCAAUCCGGAUUUUAAAGUUGAACGAGAGAACGGACCACGAUUUGCUGCUCCGGCAAGCUUUGAAUUUGAAUAUGGCCAGAAAUGGAAAAGUCUUCAUGAGAUGAAGAAACAAAAGAUAGAAGCCCUGGAGAGGGAAAUGAAACUAGAAGAAGAUAAACUCAUUGCGCAGAUGGAGUAUGCUAGAUAUGAACAUGAAACUGAGCAACUCAGAAACCAACUGCGUAUGCGAGAGGCCAACCGCGAUCAACAGAAAUCUCAUUGGGAGAUGAAGGAACAAGAAAUGUCAAAUAUGAUUAGAGAGGAACAAGAGCGAUUCAAUGACACAGAGCAACGCCUCAAAGAGCAGAUGAACCAACAAGAUGACAACCUAAGACAAAGACAUGAGGAGAACUCUCUAUUUAUGCAAGCCCAAGAGUUGAACAAUAUGCUGGAUCAACAGGAGGCGAGAAUGCAGGGUGGUGGUGGUGGCUUUGAUGAAGGGCCCGGAGGUUUUCCCAAGGACUUUGGUCCCAUGGGCGGACCACCAAUGGGCGGAUCAUUGAUGGGCGGGCCUCCAAUGGGUGGCCCACCAAUGGGACGCGGUGGUCAUGGAGGGUUCAACAAUUUCGGUCCCGGAGGACCGCGAGGCCAUUUUAUGCCUCGAGGACGUGGAGGCAUGAAUCGCGACUUUGGAGGUGGUCCUGAUAAUAAACGUCGGAGGUUUUGAAAAUGUCCAAUUGUUUCGGCUUUAGCAAGCUUCCAAUGUACAUAGUUACAUAUCUCGACAUACUAUUAAUUGAUAUUUGUAUUGUGUGUAAUACCAAAAUUGAAGGAAUGUCCCAAUUGUGACGGUUUUGUUGUACACCAUUUGAAAGAAACCGAAAAAAUGUUACAAUAAAGUAUUGAAGUUCUUUCUUGCAAAAGAAGGUCGACCACCAUAGA